UUGACCUUACAGUCGCAUGUAUAGUAAGUAGGCAACAACAGUAUUUCGCCGAAAGUCUUUUUCUAAUAAUAUGACACUCAGUUAAUUAUAUAUGUAGAAAAAAAUUUGCUAUUGCAAAUGCAGUAUUACAGCAAUGCGUUUAUCUGUAUCUGCAAAAAACGGGAAACAUUUCUUCAGCGUGACGUUUCGUUUUGGUAAAAACGGACUUCUUGUUUAAAAGCAUGACGUAGCUGUUUUUCUCAUACGUUUUACUAAAAGAUGGAAACUGUUCGAAAAUGUACAGCAGCCUGGAAAGCUGCUAAAUCAGAUACUGAACGAUUUGCAGCAUUGAUGGUCAUUGCUAAACUUAUCCGGACCGAGAAUUUAUCUGCAAAUGAAAAGAGAGAAGUGUUUGAGGCAAUAGGAUUUAAGUUUCUGAAAAGAUUAUUGACGAUUGAUGAUGAAUCAGAUUCAAAUAUAAACGCGUAUAAAACUUUAGGGUUUGCUAUCCUUUCUUGCUUCUGCUUAGAUUCAGAUUUAUUAAAUGAUCCUCAAAUUCUUUCUUUCAUACCUUAUUUGGUUGAUGUUUUUGAGUCUCCUGAUCACGAUGAAAUUAGUGACACCAUUAAUGAUGCUUUAGAUAUUGUAAUAGCUAUGAACAGUAAUGAAACUUGUAAAAAAGAGCUUUUAGAAUGUGGCAUUAUAAAUGCAUUAUAUAACGAAUACAAACUGUCGAAUAAUGAUAAAACUUUAAGUGCAUUAAUUAUGUUUUUGCUUCAGACAGACUAUAGUGAACCUUAUGAAGUACUAGUAAAUGAUUUAUUAAAAAUAUUAGCAAUGCAAUUUUGUAUGGAUAAUUCUAUGAAAAAGUUUGAAGUCUGCAAUUAUAUUAUUACUAUUGUAUUAAAAUAUAAUAACAGCUUGGACUUGGAAACCAGCAACAUAAUGCAGAAAGGAUUGAUUGAUAUACUCCAGAGUAAAGUAGGAAAAGCUCAACGAGAUCCUGCAUUAAAACUAGCCGGUUUAAUUGUUCACAAAUUUGGUUCUCAAUGGUUCACUGAAGAUUCAGAAUCCUCGAGGUUAUUUUUCACUGUACUAGUACAAAUUACGAGUGUUGAAGUUCAUAUGCUACUUGAGGAAAGGUCUGCAGAAGAGGUUAGUCGAGAAUUGUUUCUGCUGAGUUCUUGUUAUUGUAUCCUUGAGCGCAUUAUUGGCAUAAUGGUAGAUGAAAAUUUGUUUCAGCCAAAUCGGCCACAUGUAGAACCAUUACUAAAUUCAAUAAACAUGGCUUUCAAAUCAAUUAUAAAUUUCUUAAAAGGUAUAUCCAUAAACUGGAAAACUUCAGAAGACUCCUUGAAAUCAGCAAAUAUACAAGAUGUUAUUGUGGCCACAAUUCGUGUGAUGUGUUGUUGGCUUGCUGAGGAAACAUUUGCUUUGCAGGAUGAUGUUCUGGAAAUUUUGCCAUUUGUUUUAGAUGUAUGUAAAAAAUCCUCCCCUAUGACCUCGUAUGGUAAAGAAUUAACUGAUUGCAAGACAAUACAAUUUUUUAUUUCUCCUCUAUGUCACUUAACAGCAGAUGACAAAGCUCGUCAAGUGUUGUUAGAAAAUGAUUUGUUAUCAGUGUUAUUUAAUCAUAUGGAAUAUCAGUGGAAUGCUUAUUUAAAAACACCAUCUUCUGAUAAAGAAGUUUCGCUGACAACAUUAUGUGGUAUAUUUUUGAAUAUUGUGGUUUUAGAAUCUAAAGUAGUUGCUGAAACAGAUGACUUCUUUUUCUUCUUAAAAUUUUUAUUUAAUAACUUACCUCAACUAACUCCAAAAUUGGAAAUGCUGCCACUGAAAGCAAAUUUUUCUGUUUUGGGUUUAAUGAUUAUGCGACAAUUUUAUAAGAGGGUCAAAUCGUGUGAAACAAGCUUCUAUGGAUUUUUGUCAUCAAGCGUUAAAUUCCUGUGGGAUGCUCACAGUGUUGAAGAUAUUAAUGGAAUACCUUCAUUUAUCAUCACAAGAGAAUAUCGUGAAGUGUGGACAGACAUUAUGGAAUUGUGGUUUUUAGGAAUGCAGGCACUUUCUACUUUGUUACCUCUUAUGCCUUGGAUUGCUAGUUUUCUUGUAGAAAGUGGUUGGCCACAGCAUAUUGUGUCCUCUUUUGCCCGAGUUAAUGAAAGAGGUUUGGAAGGAGGUGUGUUGGGCCUGCUGAGUGAAAAUAAUGGAGUCCUGUGUAGAAACUCAUCUGAAUCAUCAUUACUUACUUUUAAACCUUCCAACACCUGUUCAAGAAGUGACUGUAGUUUAUCCUAAAUAAAGUAAAGUAACAUAAUUUGCAAA